AUGUCAACUUCUCCAAUGCCACGUCGAGACUCCGUGAGCUCAGAUACGCCCGAUAAAGACCUGGUUGAAACACUCUACAGUCACCCGAAUGUAAAAAUCAUAUCCUUUACGGCAACUGGGAGAGCCUUUGUGAGGACUCCUGCCACAAGCAAUGUUGAUCCACCUGGGACCCUAUCAUGGUCCUCUCAGCUCGAGCGAACUAUCGCUGUUGGCCCCUUUCGCAUCUAUCGAGCACCACGAUCCGUAGCCUUUCUAAGCUGUGGUUCUGCAUUGCAGCCUAUCCUACGGAAGAGCCAGUGUUGGUGCAUAGAUGAAGUCAACAGUAAAUUCAUUUUACAGAUUCGUCGACCUAAUUAUUGGAGGAUUGAACUACCUGUCGAAGAUCCCGGAGACCAGCAACGAGCUGAAGAACUCAGAGAGGUGCUCGAUAAAAUUCUCCAGUUCGAGAAAACCGAGUGUCCUUUCAAGCGCACAUUCACAGUUGAUCUUCCAGAGCAAGUGCCUGUUACGAUCUUACCUUGGACUCCUCGCGCCCAAUCCACGACACCGGACGACGCUACAUUGUCAUCUACCAGCUCGCGCAGAUCGUCAUUUGCCGGGCGAGCCACUACGCAUACGCCUCUAAAUGAUAGACAUCCCAUAGACAUUCCAUCAAGUCCUCUGGUCGGGAGACCUACACGGGCAGCAUCUUGCGUAGUACCUUCAAACAUAUCUAUUUACGAGGAACACGGAAUGCAUCUGGAUCCUUUGCAGCCGAUGGGUGGAAGCACAAGCGAAUCUAACACAAGGCCACUGGAUAUUGUCCCGGAACGUCCAACGGAACACAUCUCAUCAUAUCCCUUCUUAUCCAAUCUGCCUGAGUCUUACAGCUCUCCUGCAUUCGCCAGCGACUCAGGGGCACACCAUGAUGGGUCAUCUGUAUUCUCGACUAGCCCUACCCAGAGUGACUUGUCGGUAUACGAACUACACGAGGGAUCCGGUAACCGGGGAGGUCAUAUGAAGGCUAGACUUCGGCGACGGACCGCAGGGUUCACAACGACAAGAUCAGCCACAAUGCCGCCGCACUUGAUGCCAACGGUGGAUAAGACUACAACGACAGCUUCUGCAUCAAGAGAUCCAAUUACGAGAAGUGUAUCAGAAACUUCAAGGAAACAUUCGACUCGUGCGCCUAUCACUCCCAAGUCAAAUAAAAACAGUAAUAAAGUUGAAUCGCAACCUUUGCAAUCUGUUCGACCAGAUGAACCCAUACAGCAGCCACGACUUCAACGGAGGGACAGCGAGGAAUCGUUUCAUAGUGUCGAGUCAUGGCAUUCAUCUGGCGUUCCCCUACACCCUUCACCACCCACUUCCCAAGCGGAGUCUGCUGUUGAGGCGAAGUACGAAUCAAAUGAGACAGGCACCCUAUCCGCUGAGAGAUACAAAACAGGCAAGUCUUCCCGGAGCAGAGGCAGCUCUCCAAUGCCAUGCGCUUGGGAAUCGGACCCUGAUUCCGACGACAACGAGUCGUCCAGCGAAGGUGCGAAUUCGGCAACCAGAGACACAGUCGACGUUGAAACUAGAGUCCCCUUGUCAACAGCAACACCGCCACAACGGCCGUUUAUAACUCGUCACAGAGCGACCACAAGUAGCUUAUCAGUACGCCGACGGGCACUUUCACCCCUGCCCCCUGCUGCGAAUCUCUUCACUCCUGCGUCAACUAUGGAACGACGACCUUACAGAAGUAGGCUAGAGACUGUCAAGAACCUACCAAUGGCCAUCAUUGCCAAGACGUGCGAAAUGAUCAUGGGUCCUCCAAGCUCCCUGAUCCGCCUUAUUCUCAGGGUGGCAGCAAGGAUUGCUUCGGGACAAUGGAGAGGUCUUGUAUAUGGGUACGGCGAAGAUGGCGAAGAAAUACCAGUGCAAUGGGACUACUCUGAAGGUGAAUUUAGCGAUUGGAGUGAUGAUGAGAACUAUCAACACAGUGGUCAAGGAAAGCGACACAGUCGACAUCGCAGUAAGAAUGACAACACGACUAAGGAAAUAGCAGCACAGAAGGAGCUGCAUAGGCGGCCUUCAUCUUCGGAUGAUAGUCGAAGCUGGGGGGUUGACUGA